GAAAGUUGGAAAGAGCAGCGACAGUAGCUGGACUGAAAAUUAGAGCGUUUUAGCAUUACGUAUAGGUCAGUGCGCUGAGAGCGUGGAUGCAGAACCUGGAUGGGAAAUGACAACGGAGGUGUAUUAGGAGGACGCAAUAUCAUCAAUGACUCAGACAACCCCGAAGGCAAUUAUAGAAUUCCUGUUUUGCGACAUCCUUAUUUGACAUCCUUAUUUGACUGUUCAUGGAUUACUGACAUGGAAAGUAAGAACUUUUCAUUUCACUUGGUAGAACACCAACACCAAAAGCAGUUUCUUAUCUUUUUGGUAAACUUUGGAAUUUUUGCACUUGGAAGGAUCAUCCACGUGAGCCAUUUAGGAUUUUCCAUCUGAUUCCUGCCAAGUGCCAUUCCAGACUUGCUGCCAUUUCAUGGAGAGGGUUUACAGUCCAGUGUUGUAAGGCAAGCUCAAGCAAGGAGGACCUCUGUGGGAGACAGAGCAAAUGCACCAGAGGCAAGACUGCAGUUAACAUCACUUCCUUUGCCGGAAGACCUUCAUAAGACAAGGAGUCGUGGCCCAGUUAACUUGGUGGAGCAGGACCCCUUUGGUGUGUAGGGGACCCUAUAGAGUGAGGUGGUCCUCUGCUGUAAGGCUCUGCUGGCCAAGCUGCAACUAUGGACAUUGAGGCGAGGCCCGACCCCUCAUGCCUGGUGACCCCGCCUUCUCCCCCACCAUGCUGACUGGUGCAUCUCUAAUCUACAUUAUACUAGAGCUGGUGAUUGCGGUGCUGGCCGUGCUGGGCAACGUGCUGGUCUGUUGGGCAGUGUGCCUCAAUAGCAACCUGCAGAGCAUCACCAACUUCUUUGUGGUUUCCUUGGCGGUGGCUGACAUUGCUGUGGGCGUGCUGGCAAUACCCUUCUCCAUCACCAUCAGCACGGGAUUCUGUGCCCACUUCUACGGCUGCCUCUUCAUCGCCUGCUUCGUUCUGGUGCUCACGCAGAGUUCCAUCUUCAGCCUCCUUGCCAUUGCCAUUGACCGCUACAUUGCCAUCAAGAUCCCCUUGCGGUACAACGGUUUAGUGACGGGCCAGCGGGCCAAGGGGAUCAUCGCCAUUUGCUGGGUGCUGUCCAUAAUCAUCGGCCUGACGCCCAUGCUUGGCUGGAACAAAUAUACCAAACCCACCAACAGCACCUGCCCCACAGGCAUGAGGGAGUGCCUGUUUGAGGAAGUGGUCGUCAUGGACUACAUGGUCUAUUUCAACUUCUUUGCCUGCGUGCUGGUGCCCCUGGUACUAAUGCUGGGCAUCUACCUGCGCAUCUUCAUGGCGGCCCGGCACCAGCUGAAGCUGAUUGAACUGAAGGCUGUGCACGGGGAGAAAUCGCGCUCCACCCUGCAGAAGGAGGUCCACGCUGCCAAGUCCCUGGCCAUCAUCGUGGGGCUCUUUGCCGUCUGCUGGCUCCCGCUUCACAUAAUCAACUGCUUCACGCUCUUCUGCCCGGAAUGCGCUCGCCCCAGUGUCUGGAUUAUGUACCUGGCCAUCAUCCUGUCCCACGCGAACUCGGUGGUCAACCCGUUCAUCUACGCCUACCGCAUCCGCGAGUUCCGCCAGACCUUCCGCAGGAUCAUCCACCGCCACGUGCUGGGACGGCCCGAACACUUUGAGGCCGGCGGCAGCACCCGCACGUCCACCCGCACCAGUAUGGUCGACGUCUGCUCCACCAAGGUGAACGGGUUCACCCUGGACUCGUACGCCGAGCACAGCAGCUGCAGCAGCGGCGUUGGCGCUGGAGGCAGUGUGCCCGGGGUCCCCCCCGACUCAGACAGCGCCCAGAAUACUGCCAGAGGAAGCCCGGACAUGAGCACCGUGCCAGGCGCCAUGCUUUCCCAGCCAGGGUUCGUCCCCAAAAUUCACAUUGUGGAAGUCCCUCUCUCCUCCCAACCGCCACAGCAGCCGCAUGUCGUGGGACGCACCUUGCAGAAUGGGGGCAAGCGCCACCCUUCUCCGGGGUCAGAGAUUAUGGAGGUCAAGGAGAGCAAGGAGCUCUCCGCUGCCAAACAAGUAAAAUCACUGUUCCUUAAACAGACAGACCACUGUCCGGAGCUCACACAGGUGUCAUGAUGGCUCCAAAAAGUGGAAAACACUGCACUGUAGUAUUUAGUUGUAGUUGUAGUAUCCCUGUACUAUUUAUUACCUUGCCUGGUGGAAAGAAAGGACCAAAAAACUAUCGGGCCUACAGAUGUGCUGGAAGGUUGCAGGGCUGCACCUUUAGCUCACAGGGGUUCUGUGAAUUAACCGGACUCCCACUCUAAUCUGGACCUCUGCUCCAGCAUUCCCAUUGGAUGGAUUUGGGUGGGAAGGGGGAGGGGGGUAGGAAGUAUCAAUGCAAACAAUGAAUUUUAAGACUGCCACUCUUUUUUAAAGUGUUCUAACCUUUCAUGAGUCAGAAUUGUUCAAUUGAUAUUAAUGCGUUAGGAGCAGGGCCAGAGAUGGGCAGCCUGCAGUGGGGCUCCAGGGACAGGAAGGUGCAGGUACAGUCCAACACUACUGCCCUUCCCCCCACUUUCCUUGGGAGCAAUUCCAACAAAUUUAUUAAAGUCUUAAUUAUUCCUGCAGAUCAUCCACCAUAAAAGACCAACCCUCUCCUCAGACAGAGAUACAAGCCCUCACAAAAGUGUCCUAGAGGACAGACCAAGUUACUGUGGGAAUCAAUGAAUUUACGAUGUGGUCCUGUCACUAAAUUAGCCUGCUUGAAAUGUCUGUUGUCAGGGAAAAACUUUUCUAGAAGAGCUUUUUCUGGCCAAAUUGUCUCACAGGGCCACCCUUGAGUGACCUUGUAUUAUUUUUGUCAUUUAUAAAAUGACGAUUUUUAUUUUUAUGUGGUGCCAGGUGUGAAGUGUAAAAACACCUAAUGGUCCAAUAGGGGUCUACAAGUUAUAUUGCAGCACUGUAGCCUGUGUCAUGCUAGGCAGUAACCUUGGGAGACUUUCCAUUGUAGCUUUCCAUUCCAAGGAGCAGGUAAAGAGUUUGUGAAAUUGAAAUUUAUUGUUUUUGUGAAAAGAUGGCAUUUAACUGCUGGAUGCACAAAUGGGCAUUAGAAAGAUAAUUAAAUCAAUUUAAGUCUAAUUUAUCAGUUCCCUACAGAUCAGUGCAUUUUAGGUUUACUGUUAAGACUUGUUACCAGCAACAAUCUCUGUAACACACAUUUCAACAAAGGUUGCAAUCUGGCUACAAAUAACCUAGUAAAAGUAAUUUCCUUUACAACUGUGUUUAUUGCACAGCUUGUUAACCACUCUGUUUACAAUUAGCUAGCUAGCAUAAGUGCUCCAUCCUCACUGCAGAUAGGCAGCACCUUCACAAAUUUUCAAUAAAAGAAAAAAAAAGUUUCAACAAAUGGCUGAGUAUCAACCUGAUAAACUGAUAAAUUGAUAAUCUAGCCAAUAUUAGGCAGAUGCUUCGCAGUAAGGUGUAUUUACAUUGCAUUAUAGUACAGCAUUACCACGCAUGCUCAAUGUUAUCAUUGGGAAUAGCUGAACUCAAAAACAAGUCGACAAAACCAGUCACAAUAUAGAUUUUUGACAUUAUAUUUUUUCACCAAAUCUAUACCACACAUACUUUGUAGCCAGUGGAAAAACACACAGAGUUGCUGUCCAGCAUGGAAGUCACGAAUGCUUUUGUUACAUCAAUGGUGAACCCUUGUAAAUAGGCACCUAAUGUGGCCUGUAAUCCACCUGAAAGUUCUUAGCCUGUAGUUAUGUCUCAAUUAGACCUGCGUUUUCCUGAAUGCUGGUGUGACAAUUGCAAAAAAUGAAGGUUUAAAUUAAUUGGAUUACAGUCAAAUAUAUCUACUGUAAAAAUCUGUGAUAUAAUCCAUGGUGAGAAACCAAAAUAAUACCAGUGACCACAAGACAUAACUGUGUAUGAACAUCAUCUGUCCAUGAUGGAGCCUCUUUACUUUUAGAUGUUUACAUACAAUGCCUGCCAUCCUGUUCCAAUUUUUAGGAAUAGAUGUAUUUAUGAUUGUAUAUCAUCUGAUGCUAAUUUAAAUGCAGUUUGUAAUACCUCCUAUCAGUCUUUGGUCUGCACCUGUGCCAGUGUGUUUGAAGACUGACUGAUUAGGCUAUGCUCAGCCCUCAGCUAUCCUCAGCCUGUCCGGUAGCCCUUGCAGAUGAGAAUCCCGUGUUAUUGAUCCAGAUGGAAGGCCCUGGUUAUAUCACGGAAUGGUUGUUGUGUCAUUUGUCUACUUUCCUUUCUUUCUGAGUUUGUUUGUUCAAUAACCCCCUGCUUUGAAGCCCAAAAGUAGGGGAAAGCCAUUAAGAUGAAUGUUAAAUGAAGUAUUUUUGUGCCUUUUUCAAAAAAAUAUAUUCACACAUUUUUUUCUGAGCCUGUGGUGUAUAGUAUUUAUCAGAUUCUGAGGGCAUGAAACAAGACAUUCUGAGGGCAUAAAACAAGUCAAUGUUGUACCUCCAUUUUUAAAUAUGAUUGUAUUAUUUAAUAAAAAUAUGUAUUGUAUAUA